UACACAAGGGAAGGCCAUGUUAACCUAAAUGCUCGUCAACGCGUAAUCAGUCACAGCUUUACAAAACUUUGACAACACAUAGAAUCUAUGGUCGACUAGAUGUAACAAUGGAGUAUUGUAGCCCUGGUCUAUGGAGAUCAAUCGUACCAUUCUUCACAGUAGUUUUCUCCUCUGCAUGUGUGUGUGGAGGUUUUCAAGUGCGUCUGGAUCCAGGACCUAACUAUGGCAAUGUUCAGAUGUACCACAACGGUACUUGGCAGAGGGCGUGUCUUUACUACUUCCAAUACUUUGGUCCAGACGUCUCACAUGUCAUGUGCAAGCAGCUUGGUUUCAACACCACACGCAAUGUAGCUAUGCGUCAAACUGGAACACAACAUGGACUAUUUUGGCAUACACGGAUUCAAUGUUCACCAGUAGAAACAAAUCUGAGUCAGUGCUAUGUAAGAAGUAUCACAAACACAACAUCCUGCUAUGAGUAUCACAUACCAAGAAUCGCUUGUUUAUCGGAUAACGAAACACGAGUUGAUAUUGUGAACCACAAUAUCACAGUCACUGAUGGAUUCAGUUUCAACGCUAUAUGCAACGUAUACACACCUCAAACAAACUUGUCCUAUCACUGGAACCACAACUGGAAGAAUUUAUUUUACUCGGGACGCUAUUUUUCUGGGAAAGGUAACAGGACCGUAGCUGGUAACUGGACUUGUUCAGUGUCUUCAAACGGCAAGACACUUGGAUCAGAUUCCACAGUGAUCAAUGUUAUUUAUCCUCCAAAACGAAUGCAAAACAAGAUCAUCUAUGCAAAAGUCGGUGACACUGUGAGUUUGAGUGAAACGGACGUUUCUUUUCCUUCUCCGGAGACGUUCACUUGGCGGAGACUUGACACGAACUCGUCCUUCGUGAGAUCUGUGACCCCGCCUGUCAUGUCUAACAUACAACAGACUGAUGCUGGGGAGUAUAUCGUUAUGAUUCAACAGCCUGCAUAUUACCUAACACCAUCUGCACCUGCACACAGAGGGAAUUAUUCGUUCGGUGUACAAUUGGUAAAGAUACGCAUUCCAUACCCGCCUUCCAUUCAGUGCGAGGAGAUUGUUCGGGUUGUGAAUGGUCAGUCUAGAACAGUACAAUGCAAAGUUGAUUCCUAUCCAAGACACGAUGUGAUGACGUGGACGCUGGCAACAACAGCUGGAACCAGAACUCAGUCAAGUCACAAGGACACCUAUCACAUUGUCAACGCCAGUGCUGGAGAUGAAGGGAAUUACACUUGUAGGGCCACCAACAACCUGACGUACCCGGAUGGUCAAGUCGAGACAGGCACUGGGACAUGUGUCAUUAAUGUAAAGGUCAUUUCGCCCAGUGGUGGAACAAGCGCGGCUGAAGGUGCUGCAAAGGGAGCCUCUGGUCAAGAGACCACAACUAGUUCUGCUGUUUGGGGAGGCAUGGCACUAAUGGCAAUCGUGGUCAUAGGACUGGUUGUAGCUGUUAUCGUGUUGGUCAUUCGACAACCUGAUAAGAAAGAAGCUCCGAAUGGAGACAAGCCAAUUGAGAUGACGACAGUGAAUAGGACAGGUGUAGCAGCCAUUUCCGGUCCUCUGUACGAGAAUGCACAAGAUCACAGGAGGAAGUGAACAAGCUGUUAUUCUGCCUUACUACUACUACUGCUACUACAGUGGGGGUAUACAUGUCACGUAUGCUGAACUAACGUCUUAACUGAUAUAUGCUGAGCUACCGUUGUAACUGAUAUAUACUGAGCUACCGUUUUAACUGAUAUACUGUUUAAGUAGGCUCAAAACAGCUUACAUUCCAGCUCACUCGCUUAUUCAUUUAACUCACUCCUACUUUCAACCUCGUCCCUAUCAGCCCCAUACCCGUGCUAAUUGGUGUCACCAAAGUUUUACUUGCAUCACUCCGGGCUUUCAACCCAUAUUAAUCUGACAUGCCUGAUAUAACUAGAAUAUUACUUAUUCAAGGGUAAGGGCCCUGAGCUGAUGAAGAGCCUUACCAGCCUGAAUGUGCCAGGAUAACCAAAACCAUCUUUGCUGCAUUUGUUAUUUUAAUCUGUAUACUACUACUACUACUACUACUACUACUACUACUACUACUACUACUAUUACUACAUUUUUUAAUCAUACGGCUGCUCAGUGGAAGGUUCAUUUAGGGAUAUCAUUUCUGUGAAGACUAGGGUCUUGUACGAAGUCCAGGAAAUGAGUUCCAAAGAUGUUCACCAGCAACCUAGAAUGUGUCUUGAUAUAGCAUGCAAACCAAAUAGGUUGGAGUACGCCGAAACUUGAUACACGAACAUGAUACAUGGUACUAAGAAACCAUGGAUCUAUGAUUCGAACUCAUAAUAGUUAGAUUUCUUAUUACACCGCUCAGGGACGCAACACUGUACCACGUUAUGGCGCCUUAGACGUCUGGAUCAAAUUUGAACCAAAAGUGAUGUUCAUGAAACGAAAUCAUGCGUUUCAUAUAAGGUGUCUUUCAUUAUGACAGUAGAGUCAUCAGGAGGUGCUGACACAAAUGCCCCCGUUCUGAUGCAAUUCAGAAAUGGAGUCAAACUACUUACACUCCACUUUUGGUUCAUUGCCUUGGAUGCCUACAGUUCACUGAUGAAACAAAUACUGCUGUUCAGUAUGUUUUAUUAUCCCAAAUCGUCAUAAGACACCAGUUGAACACUAGACUGACCUGUAAAGCAAGUUUCGUCUAGAAAUACUCAACGGCUUUGGGGUUCUGCUCCGGAAACGAGCACUUCCCUCUUUAUCAGGUUAGGUCGAACUUUUCGUUUUUAUUGUUUUUUUUAGAUCUCAGUUGUUAAACAGGCACUAGUUCACUACUAGACUGAUCUGUAAAGACAGUUUCAUCUAAUAAUUUUCUACGGUUUAGGAGCUCUGCUCCGGAAACGGAAAAGAGACGGAGCACAGACAGACGGACGGACUGUUUCAAAAAGGGGGAAUAAUAAUGACAAAAACAUGUUUUUAUCUGUGUUCUUGAAAUAUGCAAACGAAAUUACAUGAAUGUAAAUAUUCCGGAAAAAAAUACAAUUUUGAUGUGUAUGUAUGCAUCUGCCAACAUUUUCUUCCUUUCACGUUAUAUUAUACUUUAUGCAAACAAUAUCCAAGAGAAGAUAUUUUAUCUGGUGAUGAUGUAUUUCAAAUAUAUAUCACGUUAUUGUAUAAUAUUCAAACUACUAUUGUUUUUCAUUUGGCAAUUGCAUUCUUGAAGCAACCAUGUUACCAUGACAAUGCAUUUCAAUAAAACCUCUGAUUAACUGUG